UGGUGGGAGGAUCUUUGUGCGUUGAGUCACGCAGCUGUCAAAGAUAGCUGUCACCCAGUUUCAGGAUCAAACACACACACAGUCAAUGAGGAAAGGGCUCGAAGCCGAAGGGACGCGCAGAGAUCUCAGGUAACCCCCUCUUCCUCUUCAUCCUCACCGCCGAGACUCCUAACAAGGACAAGAAGGGGAGAAAUACAAAAAAACACACUAAUCCAAAACGGAGGGCUUUUGAUGAAUAAGGAUUUUCGGGAAGACGCUGGAGAAAAGAAAACACUAAAGAGAUUUAUCUGCUUCUACGCUCGACGAGGAAUUUGUGGGCAUUUUUUCGGACGGAGAUGAAGACAAAAAAGGGUUUGACUAUGCUGUCAGGGAGCGAGACCGACGACGAGGACAGCGUGGAUGCCCCUCUGGAUCUGUCUUCAAGUGGCGGGAGCAAUGGGAAGAGGAAACGGAGAGGGAACCUGCCCAAAGAGUCGGUCCAGAUCCUCCGAGACUGGCUGUACGAGCACCGCUACAACGCUUACCCCUCCGAGCAGGAGAAAGCUCUCCUCUCCAAGCAGACUCAGCUCUCCACGUUGCAGGUGUGCAACUGGUUCAUUAAUGCCCGGCGGCGACUUCUCCCGGAGAUGUUAAGAAAAGACGGCAAAGACCCCAACCAGUUCACCAUCUCCAGGAAAGGUAGCAAGAGCGGGGACAGCUUCUCCGACAGCUCCCAGUCCCCGAAGCACAGCGGUGCCGCAUCGGGCUCGGAGGAGAGCUGCGACAAACGGAUCCUCCACCCUUCGAGUUUCGACCCCACCAUGCCCGGUGUCCUGAGGAAGUCCCCCUCCCUGCCCUCUUCGACGUCCUCUUCCCCCGCUGCUGGUGUCAUUCCGAAUCGGCCGUCUGUCAUCUGUCACACUACUGUCACCACGGCGAUGCACGCCAACCCGAUGGCCCCGCAUGCAUCGGUGCCCGGGAUGAACUGUGACAGGGCAGCCGAGCUGUUGCUGUCCGUGCAGGCUCAGGCACUUCUCAGGUGCCGGGAUGAAGGGCACGGCAACCAGCCGCUCACAACCACCACCAUCCUCAGCAGCACCAGCAUGGAGGGCAACCUGAGCCCCCGCAGUGGGCUGUUUAACACCCCUCCCCCAACUCCUCCAGACCUCACACAGGACUUCAGCGGCUUCCAGCUCCUGGUGGAUGUGGCCCUGAAACGGGCUGCGGAGAUGGAGCUGCAGGCCAAGCAGCUGGUCUCCUAAACAGAGGGGAGGGGUGAGACUAUGGGACUUCAGUGACUCGUCUGCACGAACCAGAGAAUAAAUCCACACGAACGCCUGAUCAUUUCUAUUUUUGGUAUACCAGUCACUAUGACGAGGAUGUUUUUUAAAGAAAAAAACUGUAUCGAGGUGCCUUGGCUGUAAGUUUAGUCAUUUCAUAUACAUGCGUAUGUAUCUACAUGUGUAUUUUAUUUGCACACAGGGACCAAAAAUGUUAUCAAAGAAAUGCUGCCUGUCUGUAUGUUUUUCACUUUAGAAAGUUAGAGCAGUAGUGCAGACGGGUCGCGGCACCAACUUGUUUACGGUUUAACAUUUCAGAGAUCUGAUUAGUCUGCCUCGUUCGUUUGCACAGUAAAGGCAGAGGAAGGUCAUCUCAGUGUCUUAAACAUACUUCAGUAUCAGAAGAAAUACAUACUCACUACUGUAGUUAAAGUGUCUUCAUGAGUUUAGCUUUGGGUUUUGUAAUUAGCUGUUUUAAAAAGAAAAAGCGUUUGUUUUUACUACUUUUGUUUUUAUACCAAGGGAUAUUUCAGAUGUAGCAAGUUCGUCCCAUCACUCAGUGAGAAACCCAACGGCCAGUGGACUGGAAAGCAACACUACAGAUGUUCUUUGUUUUGUAUUUGAUGUUUUGCGACCUUACAAAGAUAGCCUUUUUUGAAAUCACCAAAAAAAAAAGAAAACAAGCAUUUUUAUGUAUAAUAGGAUUUCGUGUAUAGUCGAUGACACGAUGCCCAAUGAUGUGAUUUCUUUUCAUACUGUGCAAUGUUUGUGGCAAGUAGGGGUCACAUGGGAUUCAAAUAAAGUUUUGUUUUUUCUACA